AUGUCGAUGCGAUAUCUCACAGCCAAGCUUGCUCAGCAAAUCGACGAAGAGCUCAUGAAUUCUGUUGGAGCCUUCAGCCUUGACCAGCUGAUGGAGUUGGCUGGAUUGGCCUGUGCCCAAGCCCUGGCGACGGCGUAUAAGAAGGAAUCACAUCCGCGUGUGUUGGUUUGCUGUGGGCCUGGAAAUCAAGGGGGGGAUGGGCUCGUAGCAGCGCGUCACCUCGGAAUGUUUGGGUACAAGCCCACAAUCUACAUGCCCAAGCCUGGUUCGAAAGAUAUAUACAAACGCCUUCAAAAACAAUGCGACAACAUGGCCAUCUCCACGCUGCCUCCCUCAGAUACCACCGCCGACCUCGAGCAAGCCCUGCUCUCAACAGAUGUCAUCCUAGAUGCCAUCUUUGGGUUCUCGUUCAAGCCCCCAGUCCGAGUCCCAUUCGAUGCCGUCCUCCCCCUUUUGACAGCAUCCAAGAAACCAAUAGUCAGCGUUGACAUCCCGAGCGGAUGGGACGUGGAAGCGGGGAAUGCAAGUGGCGUUGGACUGGACCCAAAUGUCCUCAUCAGUUUGACAGCCCCGAAAGAGGGUGUGAGGGCUUUCAAGGGCCGACACUUUUUAGGAGGACGAUUUGUUCCCAGGGCUUUGGAGGAGAGGUUUCAGCUAAACUUGCCUCCGUAUCAUGGCUUCGACCAGAUUGUAGAAUUACCAUGGGAAGACUUGCAAGGCUCGGCUCAGCGGCUGUGA